CCAGCACGCAGACACACGCGCAGACACACACACACACACACACACACACACACACACACACACACACGCUGGGGGGCUGGGAGGAUUUAGGACUUGGGUGGCUCCAGAAGUUGGCCGACCUGAGCGGAGAGGGCGGGGCCAGGGGAGGAGCGGGCAGGUAGAUUCCUUUCUCCCAGGAGCUGCCACUCAGGAAGGUCUCUGCGUAGCCAGGCCAUGCUGGGGACGAGUCCUCACUGACGGACAGCUGUGGACGCAGAGACUGCAGCAUUUCCCCGUGUGCCCGCGCCCUGCCUUUGAAGUGGCCCUUGGACACCUGCUCCGAUCUUCCCAACGUGGAUUCCGGGAUCCCGGCCCUCUGGGCCCAACAUCUGGAUCUUGCCUUCUCAACCAGUCCUAGGUCCCUUCCUUUGGGUGCCUGGCGUCUCCCCAGGGGCCCUCAUCCUGGGCCAUGGCCCAGAGGGCAGACCUGGGGCCUAAGCGGCUAAAGGCUGUGGCCAUUCUGCUUUUGCUUGGAUCAUUCCGGUCUGGUCUGGCCUCCUGCGGUGUGGCUUCCCAGGCACGAGUCACCGGUGGCAGCAGCGCCGUCCCUGGCCAGUGGCCCUGGCAGGUCAGCAUCCUCUUUGAUGGCACCCACGUGUGUGGUGGUUCUCUCGUGUCUGAGAAGUGGGUGCUGUCGGCUGCUCACUGCUUCCCCAGGGAGCACCAAAAGGAAAUGUACGAGGUGAGGCUGGGGGCCCACCAGCUGGACUCCUUCACGCCUGAGGCGGAGGUCCGCACCGUGGCCCACGUCCUCGUCCACCCCAGCUACCAGCAGGAGGGCUCCCAGGGCGACAUCGCCCUCCUGCGACUCAGCAGCCCCGUCAGCUUCUCCCGCUACAUCCGGCCCAUCUGCCUCCCCGCGGCCAACGCCUCCUUCCCCAAUGGGCUCCAGUGCACGGUCACUGGAUGGGGCUACGUGGCCUCCUCAGUGAGCCUCCAGGCCCCCCGGCCACUACAGCAGCUCGAGGUGCCACUCAUCAGUCGGGAGACGUGUAACUGCCUGUAUAACAUCAACGUGAAGCCCGGCGAGCCCCACUACAUCCAGCAGGACAUGGUGUGUGCUGGUUACGUGAAGGGGGGCAAGGACGCCUGCCAGGGUGACUCUGGGGGGCCACUGUCCUGCCCUGUUGGGGGCCUCUGGUACCUGGCAGGCAUUGUGAGCUGGGGUGAUGCCUGUGGCGCCCCCAACAGGCCUGGCGUGUACACUCUGACCUCCACCUACGCCUCCUGGAUUCACCACCAGGCAGAGGUACAGCCCCGUGUGGUGGGCCAGACCCAGGAGUCGCAGCCCGACAUCGGCCUCUGCAGGAACCAUCUGGCCUUCGCCUCUGCCCCUGCCCGGGGACGGCUGGGGCCCAUCCUCCUGCUGCCACUAGCCCUAACCCUGGGCCUCCUCCACGCACACUGGGAGCUCUGAGCUGCUCCCCUGCGAGCUGACCCUGCCGCCAGGACUGCCAUGCCGCACCCAAGAACGGAUGCCUACCUGUCUCCAGGAACGCACCUGGACCCUCUGUGACACUCGUUGGGCCUGGGGCCUGGCUUGUCACCCCUUCCUCCCAGGAAUCCGUGGACCUGGGUCCCAUCCUGGACUUCUGUGCCUACUCAGUGGGGUGUGUUCUUUAGGACCACAGCCCAGUUGGGUUUUACUGCCCGUGGUACUGGCAGUAGCUCUGGCCACCUGCUGUCCAUGAGCCCACUGGCUGUGCUCCUGUGGGGCCCCCCACGGAAAUGGGCCCUGGCUCUUGUGUCUUAAAGACUGGGCAGUUGCCCGCCGACUGCUGCUGAGGGGCUGGCUCCGUGCCCCCAUUCUGCCUGAGGAGCCCCCAUCUCUUCACGCUCCUCUCGUCUUCCGGGCUCGGGUCACCUGUGGGCCACACAUUUGCGAGGACAGAACAGGCCCCCAUCCUGCCUCAUCGGCUGCCAGGCCCCCCUUGAGCCCCGACUCGUGGACUCCGGAGGAAUGAGCCCCCACCGGAACUGGGCUUGGGCUGGGAUCUCGGGGAGGGGGGCACAAGGAGCAAGAAGGAGUAA